CUACUACACCUUAAUGAUCUGGUUCCCUGAAUUGUUCAACCGUUAUGAAGAGUUCGAACAUCGUUUCCCCAACACCUCUGCUUCGGUGUGCGACGUCUCAGGCAUCGUGAUAGGUGAUGAUGCCAACGAAAACCCAUUCGACUGUGGGAAGACUAUCGACCAGAGCGUCUACAUCCAUACGCUGAUCGUCGGCCUUGCGUGUAUACCUACGUCGUUGUGGUUGCCCCUUUGCGUGCACAAGCUUGGAGCCAAGUUCUUCUUGAUCUUCUCCCUUAGCUUCGCCGGUGUGGUUACCGUCGGACUGUACUACGUGCAGAACUCUACUCAAAAUCUGGUUCUGUCCUGCAUCUUUGAGGCGCUCACCUCCCUCGCCAUCAGUUUGGUAUUCUGCGUUUUGGUCGACUUGUUCCCUACGAAUCUUAGGGUAAUGGCUGCGGCGCUGUCCCUAACGGCGGGCCGAGGCGGCGGUCUCAUCGGCAACCUGUCCUUUGGUUACCUCAUUGACAUCAACUGCAUAGUGCCCAUCGUUGUAUUCUCAUCAUUCCUUUUCAUGGCCGCAUUCCUCUGCUUCUUCUUGCCAAAGACAGGUCAAGAAGCCCUAGAAUAGUACUCAGUGAAUAUUAGUACAAUUUAGACUGCGAACCAUAGAGAUCACAAAUUUGAAGUGUUUGUACAUAUCAUUUAGAAUGUAAAUAUAAUUGAGGAUUAAGUACUUAUUUAUUGUUCAAGUUUCCUAGUAUGUACGCAUUAGGUUCAACGCAGAGGACGUACAAUCGAUUGAUAUACUUUUUGGAAAUGAUAUUGUAACUGUGACAAUAUACAUGAUACGUAAAAAUACGUGUUGUAAAGAAAUAGUGAAUAUACAGGAAAUAGUAAGCGCCAAAAAGUGUGCCGCAGUUACGUCGUCGGCGUUAGCAUGAAGUUGUGGAUAUUAUUAUGUCUACUUUUACGUCAGAAAAACAGUGUUAUCAAGUACUGUGAUGCAGUAUAAAUAAUAUCAUAAGUAUGUGAUCAAAUAACAGUAUUUUAGUGUUGACUGUGUAAUAUAAUGCCUUAAAUUAUUAAUUAAAGGCUUUGU